GUGGAACUUAGCCUGUUAGUCUCCCUUAAAUAUCAACCAACAAACCUAUAAUAACAGUCUGUGUUGUGUACGGACACCAGUGAACUGCAGAGUUCACAGGCGUCGGGUGGGCGGAGUCUUUUUCCUGGCGUGUUGUCAUCGCGGAGAUAGGUGCUGGAUGGAUAUCGCUACGGUCUGUGCCACUUCAGUCUGAGCCUGGAGGCUGACACCGCAAGAGAGAGAUGCGAGUCCGACUACCACAGCUUCAACUGGUUUUACCCCAGUAAGGAUAACUAGCCCCGCCGCAGCCUGGACAGGACACUGCUCACAUUUUGAGAUCCAACCCUUCCAGCUGUCGUUCUGCAUUGGCGGCACGCUGUGAGAAAAGACUCCACUCCGCUGUGCCUCAGCGCCCCUCAGACACUUGUCCUUGACAUCCAAAUGCUGUGUGUCGAGCAUCGUGCCAGCCGCCUUUUGUGAGUUAUGACGACGGCUGCUUUGCUGACUCAGGAAAGAGGCUCCUCCUCCGCUCACCAGUGAGCAAAUCACAUGAUGUAAUGAAGAAGGGUCCUGAAAGUCUGCUCUUCUAGGAGUCUGCCAGCAGGGUAUGAGUAUUUUGAGCCCUGUGACAGAUAACAAAUCAAACCUCGUGGGAAUUGUGGGAGCCCCAGAAGAAUACUCCAGAGCCAUGCAGUCGGAGGAGCUAUUCAACAGGAAACUCAAAGCCCUGAAUGGAAACAUGGGACCACCAGCAUCCAACAUGCAGGGGAAACCUGAAGGUGCAGGCAAAACAAAUGGUACUCCAGCCAUGCCUAAAAUGGGUGUCAGGGCCAGGGUGACCGACUGGCCACCUAGGAAAGAUGGAUGGGACGGACGGCCUUCACCGAACUAUCAGAGCGUGAUACCAGUAUUUCAGAACGGCCAGCAGGAACAUACUGUGGAAAUACUGGAGCAAGGCGAAUCAGUUUGCCUGGAGGUAGACUACUCUGACAAAUACACACUGAGUGACCUCCUCAGCCACUCCCCACUGAAGGGUCUACAUCCUAUCCGCCAACGCAGUAACAGCGACGUCACCAUUAGUGACAUUGAUUCUGAGGACAUAAUGGACCAGAAUGCUGUCAAUCCAAACACUGGGGCCUCGCUGCACCGUGAAUACGGCAGCACAUCCUCCAUUGACCGUCAGGGCCUGAGUGGAGAUGGCUUCUUUACCAUGCUUAGGGGCUACCGAGUGGACACCCUGGACCACCGUAGCAUACCACCUCUGGGUUUCCCCGAGUUGUUAAGGUGCGACACCUCCCUCUCCCCAAGCCUGCAGACAGCAGCCCAGAUCGCCAGGGGUGAGCUAGUCCACAUUCCAGGCUACGACUACAUAGACAACGCUCUCCUCUACAGCCGGGAGCCAGAGAGGUCCUUCAUGAGGCGUCUUAAAUCUGAAUCAUCUGAAACGUCUCUGUUCAGGAAACUGCGGACCAUAAAGAGCGAGAGUGACGCCUUGCGGCUCUCAAUAGAGGAUGACCGGCGACCACUCAGCUUCCAAAAAUGCUUUGCGCACUAUGACGUCCAGAGCGUUCUUUUCAACAUAAGCGAGGCGGUGGCAAGCAGAGCUAACCUGAGCCAGAGGAAGAACACCACUACUGGGGCUUCAGCUGCCUCAGCUGGACUAGGGCCUGGAGCUGUUGGGGUGCCUGGAGGUGGAGCUGUGGCUGGACCCGGAGCAGCGAUAGAUGGCGGAGCAGCAGGAUGUAGCAGUGGAAAUGCACCCAUGUUUGAGUCUCCACUAGGCAGCAGGGAGGACUUGAACCCAAAGGAGAACCUGGAUGCUGACGAGGGGGACGGGAAGAGCAACAGCUUAGUGCUGAGUUGUUCACACUUUCGCAAUGAGAUCGGUGGGGAGGGCGAGAGGCGGAUCUCCCUCUCCAGAGCCAACAGUGCCAACUACAGUGGUUUGUCAGAGAGCUGCUCUUUUGAGUCGUCUUUAAGUUCCCACUGCACCAAUGCGGGAGUCUCUGUACUGGAGGUGCCUCGAGAAAACCAGCCUAUCCACAGGGAGAAGGUCAAGCGCUACAUCAUUGAGCACAUAGACCUCGGCGCAUACUACUACCACAAGUACUUCUAUGGGAGAGAGCAUCAAAACUACUUUGGGGUCGAUGACAAUCUGGGACCGGUGGCUGUCAGUGUCCGCAGGGAGAGGCUGGACGAUGGGAAGGAGAAAGAGGGAAUGCAGCACAACUACCGAGUCACCUUCAGAACCAGUCAGCUGACCACACUCCGUGGAGCCAUCCUCGAGGAUGCCAUACCAUCCACUGCAAGACACGGCACGGCCCGCGGCCUGCCGCUGAAAGAAGUGCUGGAAUACGUCAUCCCUGAAAUUAAUAUCCAGUGUCUGAGGCUGGCCAUCAACUCCCCCAAGGUCCCAGAGCAGCUACUCAAGCUGGACGAGCAGGGGCUAAGCUUCCAGCACAAGGUGGGAGUGCUUUACUGCAAGGCGGGCCAGAGCACAGAGGAAGAGAUGUACAACAACGAGAGUGCCGGACCGGCACUGGAAGAGUUCUUGGAUCUGCUUGGCCAGAGGGUGCGCCUCAAAGGCUUCACCAAGUACAGAGCUCAGCUGGAUAACAAGACGGACUCCACAGGCACACACUCUCUCUAUACCACCUAUAAGGACUAUGAGCUGAUGUUUCACGUGUCCACCAUGCUCCCCCACACACCCAACAACAGACAGCAGUUAUUAAGGAAGAGGCACAUUGGCAAUGAUAUCGUCACCAUAGUAUUCCAGGAGCCCGGGGCCCUUCCUUUCACUCCCAAACACAUCCGCUCUCAUUUCCAACAUGUGUUUGUCAUCGUCAAGGUCCACAACCCCUGCACUGAUAACGUCUGCUACAGCGUGGCCGUGUCCAGAUCUAAAGACGUACCUCCGUUCGGCCCCCCUAUUCCCAAGUCUGUAACUUUCCCAAAGUCAGCAGUAUUCAGGGACUUCCUGCUCGCCAAGGUCAUCAACGGAGAAAACGCCGCGCACAAGUCGGAGAAGUUCCGAGCCAUGGCGACUCGCACGCGGCAGGAGUACCUGAAAGACCUGGCUGAGAACUUUGUUAGCACAGCCACUAUUGACUCCGCUGUCAAAUUCAGCUUCAUCACCCUCGGAGCCAAAAAGAAGGAGAAGGUGAAACCCAGGAAGGACGCACAUCUGUUCAGUGUUGGCGCCAUCACCUGGAGCGUCCGUGCACGGGACUUUGGCCAAUCGAUGGACGUGGACUGCUUGCUCGGCAUAUCCAAUGAGUUUAUUGUCCUCAUCGAGGAGGAAUCCAAAAAUGUGGUCUUCAACUGCUCUUGUCGUGACGUCAUUGGAUGGACCUCAGGGAUUAUGAGCAUUAAGAUCUUCUAUGAGCGAGGGGAGUGUAUCAUGCUGUCUGCCCACGACAACUGCGGAGAAGACAUCAGGGAGAUGGUGCAAAGACUAGAGAUCACCACGAGAGGUUGCGAGACGUCAGAGAUGACUUUGCGCCGGAACAGCCUCGGCCAGCUCGGUUUCCACGUCAACUUUGAGGGCAUCGUGGCCGACGUGGAGCCCUUUGGCUUCGCCUGGAAGGCAGGGCUGAGGCAGGGCAGCCGACUGGUGGAGAUCUGCAAGGUGGCUGUCGCUACUCUCACCCACGAGCAAAUGAUUGACCUGCUGCGCACAUCCGUCAGCGUCAAAGUGGUUAUAAUCCAGCCCCAUGAAGACGGCGCUCCCCGAAGGACGAUGCAGGAUAUGGAGAACCCCCAGGUCACCUCGUGUAACAAGGGAGACCAGCACUACCGCAGCUCCCCCAGUAACCAGUCCUCCUCCAGUGAUCCAGGACCUUGUGGCAGUGGCACAUGGUCCCAGCAGCCUGGAUACGAUGGGUGUCCCUCCCCUAUCCUCCAUGAGCGGGCAGGUGACAUCCAGGGGGGUGACGGAGAGAUCCACAGGGAACGGGAGCCCACCCUGGAGAGGACAAGAUCUGCAGAGGCCAAAUGGCACAUCCCCUCCACCAAGAUCCUGAACCCUCUGAAGCAAAGAGAAGGAGGCAAAGACUCGCCCAACAAGCUGUCCAGGACGGGCGAUAAAAACUCGAGCCACUCGAGUAGCAACACUCUCUCAAGCAAUGCCUCCAGCAACAGUGACGAUAAGCACUUUGGCUCUGGAGACUUGAUGGAUCCAGAGAUGCUGGGCCUCACUUACAUCAAAGGGGCGUCAACAGACAGCGGCAUCGACACUAAUCCCUGCGUGGCCCCUGGUGCCCGGGUGUUGCUGCAGGGCAGGGUGGGGGAGCAGGGACACCACUGGGUGUCGGAGCACCAUGAGGAUGGGGCGUCAGAAGAGGAUCAUGGGAAACUGUACCUGCCACAGGGCUACGCCUCUGCCAUUAUGUCUAGUCAUGUGACGGAAGGAAGCAUCGGGGACCUGAGCGAAAUCUCAUCCCAUUCAAGUGGCUCACACCACUCUGGCAGUCCCCUGGCCCGUGGUGCCAGAUACUGUAUGUCCGCUGACUCCUCCAAGGUGUACACCAUCCCCCAGACCAGCAGCUCAGGGCCAGGGCCAGGGCCAGGGCCAGAGCCGGGGCCAGAGCUGGGGCCGGAGCCCAGCUCAGAGGCUUGUGGACAGACACGCCCACAGUCCGAUUGCAAACUUCCAGUGGGCAUGAAGACGACUGAUGAUGAUGAUGCCCACAGCACUGAGGGACCUCCCAACAUUUCAGAGUGUGGAGGAGCGGAGAGCUUGUUAGCGUUCCUUCUCUCAAUGCUGUCUGAGCAUUCAAGGCAGCUGUACGCACAGGAGGCCGCCUGCCAGCUCCAGGCCUCUGAGCGCGAUGAAAAAUCACUGCGGAGACUUUCGAAAGAAGAAUACCUUAAAAUGAUGCUGCCCAACAGCCCUCCAGGAGAAGACCGGAGUCGUAAGGUGUCAGCAGUGGGCAGUUUGUCACCCAGACGCACCCUUUACCGGACGCUAUCGGACGAGAGUGUGUGCAGUAACCGCAAGGGUUCGUCCUACGCCAGCUCGCACAGCUCCAUGCUGGACCAAACAAUGCCCAAUGACAUCCUAUUCAGUACCACCCCACCUUACCACAGCACACUGCCUCCUCGCAUGAUUCACAACCAGGGAGCAUCCAACCUACGGAAUGAGUUUUGGUUCUCUGACGGUUCCUUGGCGGACAGGUCCAAGUUCAGCGACCCGGGCCUCAUGCCCCUCCCAGACACUGCCACAGGCCUGGACUGGUCUCACCUGGUUGACGCAGCACGAGCCUUUGAAGACCAGCGCGUGGCGUCUUUCUGCACCAUGACGGACAUGCAGCGGGCGGAGGCUCUGCAGAUCUCAAGAGAGCUGACCAGACGGGUGGUGGAGGCAGAGGGAGCAGCACUGGAAGCAGACGGCCCUCCCUCCACACUAACUGGCAAAGUCAACCAGUUGGAGGUGAUCCUCAGGCAGCUGCAGCAUGACCUCAGAAAGGAGAAAGAGGAUAAGGCGAUGUUGCAGGAGGAGGUGCAGCACCUGAGACAGGACAACAUGCGACUGCAGGAGGAGAGCCAGACGGCGGCGGCUCAGCUCAGGAAGUUCACAGAGUGGUUCUUUCACAGCAUUGACAAGAAACCCUGAGAGAGAGAGAGAGAGAGAGAGAGAGAGAUCCUCAGAAAGGCAGUGGGAGAUGGCCUUCGCUCCUCCUGGGCACCCACUCAACUCCCACUUAAGACUCCCAGAUGAUCCACAGGCAAACAAACUAUAGAACCAACCAUUACCAGCCCCCAGAGUAAUCAAGACUCUUUAAAAAGCCCCUUGUUAGGAGACGGCCGUGCAGCCCUGUGUGGAGAGACAUGAAAUCCUGAUCUGGACCUUAUUUUUGGGAUCCUCCUCCGUCUGAAGUGCAGGGCUGUUUCUGACAUUACCAGUUAUUUAUCCUGGCAAAAGAGACUCUUGGGAAAGCUUCUCAUCUCCUGUGCUGGAGAGGAAUUGAG